AUGGGAUAUAAGAUAUAUUCUAACUCUGACUUAGUUCAAACAGUAACAUGGGCAAACUAUGAAUGGUUCGCUUUGAGAAACUCAGUACAACCACAAGCUAGAGAACAAACAGACCAGUAUGCAACUAUUGAGAAAAUAAGAAGACUUGACCCUAACGUUCCAGGAGUUUAUGUUAACCUUUCUGGACAAACUGCAGCAGCAGUAACCAAAGUAAAACUGAAACUUAGAGUUCCUUUGUCAUCUUUCCUCAUCUUCAGGUUUUUAAGAUACUUGCCAAACUGGGCAGGAAAAAUUUCUAUCGAACUUACUCCAAGCAAAAAUAACUUAGUCAUUGCACCAACACAAGACCCAUUCACUCUUACAGACGUAAAGGGAGCAAAUCAAACGUCAUUCGCCGAAUUUUGCAAAGACAAAGUUGACUUAGACUUUGGUUUCUCAAACCUCAACACUGAAGUAAACUAUUAUUUCAAUGCUGCUGGAACUGCUUGGGACCCAGUUAAGUUCACAUGCGAAAAGUUUGAAUGCAAGAGAAUAGAAAGCAGACUUGCAGUCUAUAUGUUGGACCCAGAUAUUUCAAAUGCUUUAGCUGCCAAAUAUAUUGCAGUUCCACUUAUGUUCCCUAUACACCAAAUAUCUGUCAAAGACUUUGCAGGUGAAGUUGGAAACCAAAGUGCUGACCCAGGUGCAAGAACAGAUAUUGCUUUAACAACUGCAAUGAAACAUGCAGAUACUAU